GCGUAAGUGUGGUAUAGAAUGUAGGGAUAUGCGCGCAUGCUCUUUGUUAGGGGGAGUGAGAGGAGCAUGAAUGGAGCAAAAUGGCGGAUCAUGUGCAGAGCCUAGCCCAGCUAGAGAUCCUGUGCAAGCAGCUGUAUGAGACCACAGACACCACCACCCGCCUGCAGGCUGAGAAGGCCUUGGUGGAGUUCACCAACAGUCCCGACUGCCUGAAUAAAUGCCAACUCCUGCUAGAGAGGGGAAGUUCAUCCUACUCGCAGUUACUGGCUGGCACAUGUCUCUCCAAACUGGUCUCCCGCACUAGCAACCCACUUCCUUUGGAACAGCGCAUAGACAUCCGGAAUUAUGUUCUUAACUACCUGGCAAGUCGGCCAAAGCUUGCUGCCUUUGUGACCCAAGCAUUGAUCCAGCUCUACGCCAGAAUCACCAAGCUUGGAUGGUUCGACUGCCAGAAGGAAGAUUAUGUCUUUAGGAAUGUCAUCGUAGAUGUGACAAGGUUCCUCCAGGACAGUGUUGAGCACUGCAUCAUAGGAGUGACUAUUCUUUCGCAGCUUACCAAUGAAAUUAAUCAAGCGGACACAACACAUCCCCUGACUAAGCACCGGAAGAUUGCGUCGUCGUUCCGGGACUCCUCAUUAUUCGACAUCUUCACGCUCUCCUGCAAUCUCCUGAAACAGGCCUCGGGGAAGAACUUGAACCUGAACGAUGAGAGCCAGCACGGUCUGCUCAUGCAGCUGCUCAAGCUGGCCCACAACUGCCUCAAUUUCGACUUCAUCGGCACGUCCACGGAUGAGUCCUCCGAUGACCUGUGCACCGUCCAGAUCCCCACCAGUUGGAGAUCAGCGUUUUUGGACUCCUCGACCCUCCAACUGUUUUUUGAUUUGUAUCAUUCCAUCCCUCCUUCCCUUUCUCCCCUGGUUUUGUCUUGCCUAGUUCAAAUAGCAUCCGUACGGCGGUCACUCUUUAACAACGCUGAGAGGGCAAAGUUCCUCUCUCAUCUCGUAGAUGGAGUGAAGAGGAUUCUGGAAAACCCACAGAGUCUGUCUGAUCCAAACAAUUACCAUGAAUUCUGUCGACUGCUGGCCAGACUAAAAAGUAACUAUCAGCUUGGCGAGCUGGUCAAAGUGGAAAACUACCCUGAGGUUAUAAGAUUGAUUGCCAAUUUCACAGUCACCAGCUUACAGCACUGGGAGUUUGCCCCCAACAGCGUGCAUUACCUGCUGAGCCUGUGGCAGCGGCUGGCGGCCUCCGUGCCCUAUGUCAAGGCCACCGAGCCCCACAUGCUGGAGACCUACACUCCAGAGGUGACCAAGGCCUACAUCACAUCACGGCUCGAGUCGGUGCACAUCAUCCUCAGGGAUGGUCUGGAGGACCCUCUGGAUGAUGCAGGUCUCGUGCAGCAGCAGCUGGACCAGCUGUCCACCAUCGGCCGCUGUGAGUACGAGAAGACGUGCGCCCUGCUGGUGCAGCUCUUCGACCAGUCCGCCCAGUCCUACCAGGAGCUGCUCCAGUCCACCAACUCCAGCACCAUGGACAUCGCCGUUCAGGAAGGCCGAUUGACUUGGCUGGUGUACAUCAUCGGGGCUGUGAUAGGAGGCAGGGUUUCUUUCGCCAGUACAGAUGAACAAGACGCCAUGGAUGGAGAGCUUGUGUGUCGAGUCUUACAGUUGAUGAAUUUGACCGACUCUCGACUGGCGCAGGCCGGCAACGAGAAGCUCGAGUUGGCCAUGCUCAGUUUCUUUGAACAGUUCCGCAAAAUUUACAUCGGUGACCAGGUGCAGAAAUCAUCAAAGUUGUACCGGCGCCUGUCUGAAGUCUUGGGGCUGAAUGAUGAGACCAUGGUACUCAGUGUGUUCAUUGGGAAAAUAAUUACCAAUCUGAAGUACUGGGGACAGUGUGAACCAAUCACCUCCAAGACACUACAGCUUCUAAAUGACCUCUCCAUUGGGUACAGUAGUGUGAGAAAGCUGGUGAAACUCACUGCGGUCCAGUUCAUGCUGAAUAACCACACAAGUGAGCACUUUUCCUUCCUGGGCGUGAACAAUCAAUCCAACCUCAGCGACAUGAGGUGUCGGACCACCUUCUACACAGCCCUCGGCCGCCUGCUCAUGGUGGAUCUGGGGGAGGACGAGGACCAGUUUGAGCAGUUCAUGCUUCCUCUGACAGCAGCGUUCGAGGCCGUCGCAGCAAUGUUCAGCACUAACACUUUCAAUGAGCAAGAGGCCAAAAGGACAUUAGUGGGACUGGUUCGAGACCUGAGAGGAAUCGCCUUUGCCUUUAAUGCCAAGACCUGCUUCAUGAUGCUCUUUGACUGGAUCUACCCCACUUACAUGCCCAUCCUGCAGAGGGCGAUAGAGCUCUGGUACCAUGUCCCUGCCUGCACCACUCCUGUGCUCAAGCUGAUGGCUGAGCUCGUCCACAACAGGUCCCAGAGACUACAGUUUGACGUGUCAUCGCCCAACGGGAUCCUGCUGUUCAGAGAAACAAGCAAAAUGAUUACAACCUACGGGAACCGCAUCUUGACUCUGGGCGAGGUGCCAAAGGACCAGGUGUACGCGCUGAAGCUCAAGGGCAUCUCCAUCUGCUUCUCCAUGCUCAAGGCCGUGCUCAGCGGUAACUACGUCAACUUCGGCGUCUUCCGUCUCUACGGCGACGACGCCCUGGACAACGCCCUUCAGACCUUCAUCAAGCUUCUCCUCUCCAUCCCACACAGCGACCUGCUUGACUAUCCCAAGCUCAGUCAGUCCUACUACUCACUGCUAGAGGUGCUCACCCAGGACCACAUGAACUUCAUCGCAAGCCUGGAGCCUCACGUGGUCAUGUACAUCCUAUCCUCCAUUUCAGAGGGGCUCACUGCACUUGAUACAAUGGUAUGCACGGGUUGCUGCUCCAGCCUGGACCACAUAGUAACGUACCUGUUCAAGCAGCUCUCGCGCAGCACCAAGAAGCGGGCAGCUCCCAUGGCCCAGGAGAGUGACCGCUUCUUGCACAUCAUGCAGCAGCACCCCGAGAUGAUCCAGCAGGUGAGGGCCACAUCCUCUACACCACCCCUGGCUCAGAUGCUGUCAACUGUGCUCAAUAUUAUUAUUUUUGAAGACUGCAGGAAUCAGUGGUCUAUGUCACGACCACUUCUAGGCCUGAUCCUGCUGAAUGAGAAGGUAGGGUAUUUUGCAGACUUGAGGAACAGCAUUGUGAACAGCCAGCCACCAGAAAAACAGCAAGCCAUGCACUUAUGCUUUGAAAACUUAAUGGAGGGCAUAGAACGGAACCUGCUUACCAAAAACAGAGACAGGUUUACACAGAACCUUUCAGUAUUUAGAAGAGAAGUCAACGACUCCAUGAAGAAUUCCACUUACGGGGUAAACAGCAACGACAUGAUGAGCUGACAUUCCACAGAGCACCAGCGGUGUGGUCGCACCCCCCUCUGUGCUCCCGCAUCCUCAACCCCCCAGGCCCAGACGCCAGGGAGUCACCGCUGCGCCAGCCUGCACCUCCUGCUCCCCGACCCUUAACCUCAGCACCAUUUCUCCCCCCUCCCCCUCCCCCCUGCUCUUCUCCCCCUUUUUAUAUAUUCACAUAUAAAUACACACAGAUUUUAAAGCCAGUUUCUCGAGGUCACUCCACUGGCCUUCCUGUAGUCAGUCGGGGCUCAAAGUCCAAAGAGAGUUUGGUUGGGGAAUCGUUUAGGGGCAGAAGAGCUGGGGGUGCCCAGAGACACUGGCACAAACUGAUGAGUGGCUGCUGUUCUUCCAUCUCUCGAGAUUUGGGGAGGGUGUGGAUUUUGUGUGUGUGUGUGUGUGUGUGUGUGUGUGUGUGUGUGUGUGGGGGUGUGUGCGCGUGUAUGUGUGUUUGGGGAGGGGGGGCCGGGUGUAAGCUGGUAUAUGUAGUGCUCUGCUUCUGCCUGCCUUGUAUAGAAACACACAAAAAAAGAAGUGUACAUUUUUUUCAUAACAUUUUGAACAAUGUUUAUAAUGAUUUCAAUUUAAGAAAAAAAAAAGAAAAAAAAAAAGAUGAAAGUGUGUGACAUUUUUACAGUCUAGUAAGUUAGUGCAACUGUGCUGAAGUGUGGGUUUGUCUGUAUGAAGAGAAUACUAUAUCCAAGUGACAGAUGUUUGAUUGGCGUGAGUGGUGUGAUAGAUCCAGUACAGUCAGAGAGGUGCUUGUGGAGGCGGGGCAUGGGAAAGAGGGUGGGGUGGGGGCGGUUUUGCUUGAGGGAGUGAGGGAAAGAAGAAAAAAUGCGUUUGUAUAUUUUCCUUAAAUCUUUAGAGUGACAUGAUGGCGCAUGGAAGACUUUGUAAAUACACUAUUUCCUGCUGCCUUUCAGUUGCAGAGUAAUGUCUGUUAGGGGCCAGUGGGAUCCCAUUCCCAUUACUCAAGUCUGAGGUGUGCUAAUGAAAUGAUUGCGUCGAUAAUGCUAGUGGUUGUGAUGAGUGACUUUAAAAAAAUAAAAACCUUCCCCUUAGGCCAUGGAAACAUCCUCUUUGCCUUUAGCUCUGAGUGUUGGGAACACACGCUCGCUACCCUGGCCUAGGAGUUAGCGAUUGAAGAUCAAUCAAGUGAAAGUGGAUGAUUGCUGUGUUCAUGUGUAUGAUUCAUUCCGAGACCUCAGCUGCAGGGGGGGUGGGGUGCGCAACCACCAGUCCCCCGCCCCCCCUUCCCCAUUUUUUUUUUUUUUUUUUAUAUUCUCCGAAGGUUUGAUCAUGUCUUUUGUGGAUUUUGAUUAGCUAAAGAAGAUUAUGGUUGUAGUGAAGUUACUCUUCUCCGAGCCUUUUGUCAACUGUUACCCUGCUUUUUAAUCUCACAGGUUUCCAGUCUUUUGUGGCUUUUCUUGUUCACCUGGCAUUUGUUUGGUAGUGAGGCCUAUAGGAUGUAGCUGUGUACUUUAAAAAGAACCUGGUACAACAACUCAUCAGAACAGGAGUGAAUCAAAUCUUGACAGUUGUCUAGCUUUCACCCCCAAUGUUUUUUUUCUGACCCCCUGAAGGAAUCCCAUUUUAUUUUUAAUAACAGAAGAAAAUGAUGCAUCAGACUAUGGUAGAUUUAAAGAAAAAAAGACGCAUUAAACGUCAGAAUGGAAUAUAUUAGCAACUUGUGCUACUCUCAACAGAUGUUGCUGCUAACUGUUUGUGAAGACCUAGCUCAUCUCUAACCAUGUUAAAACACUCAUGGAUGUUUUAAGUCCUUUUUCCCUUCGUUCCCUGAUGUGAAUGUGUCCUUUUUGGCGAAUGUGUGUUGGGUCCAUUGAGUGAUAAGGUAGCUGGUUGAACUGUUUGGAUGUCUGCUACAUAUAGUGUAAGCAUUGUGACUGCAAAAUAAACAUCAAUGGUUUGUA